GCAUAGGCAAUCACAGCUCCUACUUGCAGACUCAACUCUCCCUCUCGCACUGAUUGCAAUGAAUUUUCUGCCUGAAUGUAGGUCGAUCACAACCGAGAACACGAGUUUCCUUCAAAUCCAGUGCUGUUGUCUUUCUUCUUGUUAUUUUUAAUUUUUCCCCCCGUUCCGUGGUCGUUGCAUUCCUUUGGAGAAGCCAAUCGCAUUGGAUUCCAAAAAGGAGAGCAGGAAUCGUAUGUGAAUAAUCCUGGCUGCAUGAUAGCCCGAGAGGAUUUCCUGAAAGAUUCUGGCUGUGUAAAAAAGAUCCCUAUGCUUCUGCAGCUAUCCCAGUGUUAAGGAAAAAUUUCUGCUGUAACUAAAAUGAAAUCAUGCUGCCUCCUAUGGGGAAAUGCUGAAGCGUUUUCAAAAUAUGACACAGUGGCUGACUGAGUGGGCUGGACUUCACUGAAAGGAGCCAUUUCACUGGGGCAGUGGAAUAACUGGAUCUCUCACCACUCGUCAGGAAGUGCUGUGUGCUGCCAGGAUUAAUUCAACACUGAAGUCUGGGAUGGGCCUUAGGGGCAAACACUCCCUUGUUUCUUCUGACAUUGGGAUUUGUCUACAGCCAGUCAGCUGAGGCACCUACCACACAUCAGCUUUUGUUUUUUUGUUGUCUGAACAAAGAUACAUUUUCCCCUCAGUUCAUCUCCUUUUGACUACUUUUUUGUUAGUUUUCAUUUUCCUUGACUGAUUAAUUUCUCCUGGCUUUGGUAAAAAGAGCCCUGCUGAUGUUGAUUUAAAUAAUGUCGAAACCAAUGGGACUCCUAUGGCUGCCUUUGAUCUUCACACCAGUGUGUGUCAUGUUGAAUUCUAGCUUCCUCCUGUGGAUAACUGCACUGGCUAUAAGAUUUACUCUCAUCGAUGGCCAAGCACAAUACCCAGUUGUUACUACGAAUUAUGGCAAAAUACGUGGUUUAAGAACACCUUUGCCUAACGAGAUCCUUGGUCCAGUGGAGCAGUACUUGGGUGUUCCUUAUGCUUCUCCUCCGACUGGAGAAAGGCGAUUUCAGCCCCCGGAGCCACCAUCGUCUUGGACGGGUGUCCGCAACGCCACACAGUUUGCUGCUGUCUGCCCACAAUACCUGGAUGAGAGGUCACUGCUCAACGAUAUGCUGCCAGUCUGGUUUACAGCCAAUCUGGAUACUGUGGUGACAUAUGUUCAAGAUCAAAAUGAAGAUUGUCUGUAUUUGAAUAUCUAUGUGCCCACAGAGGAUGGAGCCAACACAAAGAAAAGCGCAGAUGAUAUAACCAGUAAUGAUCGUGGUGAAGAUGAAGACAUUCAUGAUCAGAACAGCAAGAAACCUGUCAUGGUCUACAUCCAUGGUGGAUCUUACAUGGAGGGUACCGGAAAUAUGAUUGAUGGCAGCAUUCUCGCAAGUUAUGGAAAUGUCAUUGUUGUCACUAUCAAUUACAGGCUGGGGGUUUUAGGUUUUUUAAGUACUGGUGACCAAGCAGCAAAAGGCAAUUAUGGAUUGCUUGACCAAAUCCAAGCUUUACGUUGGAUUGAAGAAAAUAUUGGAUCUUUUGGAGGAGACCCGAAGAGAGUUACUAUUUUUGGAUCUGGGGCAGGAGCUUCCUGUGUCAGUCUCCUGACACUCUCCCACUAUUCAGAAGGUUUGUUCCAAAAGGCAAUCAUACAGAGUGGAACAGCCCUGUCCAGCUGGGCAGUGAACUAUCAGCCUGCCAAGUACACUCGGAUAUUGGCAGAUAAAGUGGGCUGCGACAUGCUGGAUACCACUGAUUUGGUUGAAUGUCUGCGGAAUAAGAAUUACAAAGAACUCAUUCAACAGACUAUCACUCCAGCCACGUACCACAUUGCCUUUGGGCCUGUGAUAGAUGGAGACGUGAUUCCAGAUGACCCUCAGAUUCUAAUGGAGCAAGGGGAAUUCCUUAACUAUGAUAUCAUGCUGGGUGUGAAUCAAGGGGAAGGUUUAAAAUUUGUGGAUGGCAUUGUAGACAAUGAGGAUGGUGUUUCUCCCAAUGAUUUUGACUUUUCUGUCUCCAAUUUUGUGGACAAUCUGUAUGGCUAUCCAGAAGGGAAAGACACACUGCGAGAGACCAUUAAAUUCAUGUACACUGACUGGGCAGACAAAGAAAACCCCGAAACAAGACGGAAGACCCUGGUUGCUCUUUUUACAGACCACCAGUGGGUUGCUCCAGCUGUUGCCACGGCUGACCUGCAUGCCCAGUAUGGAUCUCCAACGUACUUCUAUGCAUUUUAUCAUCAUUGCCAAAGUGAAAUGAAACCCAGCUGGGCUGAUUCAGCUCAUGGUGAUGAAGUCCCUUACGUGUUUGGGAUUCCUAUGAUUGGUCCCACAGAACUGUUCAACUGCAACUUUUCCAAGAAUGAUGUCAUGCUCAGUGCAGUGGUUAUGACAUACUGGACUAACUUUGCCAAAACUGGAGAUCCGAACCAGCCUGUUCCACAGGACACAAAGUUCAUCCACACAAAACCCAACCGCUUUGAAGAAGUGGCCUGGUCCAAAUACAAUCCUAAAGACCAGCUUUAUUUACAUAUUGGCCUGAAACCCCGAGUUCGUGAUCACUAUCGAGCAACAAAAGUUGCUUUCUGGUUGGAGCUCGUACCACACCUUCACAACCUGAAUGAAAUAUUUCAGUAUGUUUCCACAACAACUAAAGUCCCCCCUCCUGACAUGACCUCCUUUCCAUAUGUGACCCGACGUUCUCCUGGUAAAUUGUGGCCAGCCACCAAACGCCCAGCAAUGACACCUGCCAACAAUCCCAAACAUUCCAAAGACACCCAUAAAACAGCUCCGGAGGAUACGACAGUUCUGAUAGAAAACAAGAGAGAUUAUUCCACGGAGCUGAGCGUCACCAUUGCUGUGGGGGCCUCCUUGCUGUUCCUCAAUAUUUUAGCCUUUGCUGCAUUAUAUUACAAGAAGGACAAGCGGCGUCAUGAGACUCACAGGCGCCCCAGCCCCCAGAGGAACACCACCAACGACAUAGCACACAUACAGAAUGAAGAGAUCAUGUCCUUGCAGAUGAAGCAGCUAGAACAUGACCACGAGUGUGAGUCGCUGCAGGCCCACGACACACUGAGACUCACCUGUCCACCUGACUACACGCUCACUUUGAGAAGGUCCCCGGAUGACAUCCCGCUAAUGACACCCAACACCAUAACCAUGAUUCCAAAUACACUAACAGGAAUGCAGCCUUUGCAUACUUUCAACACCUUCAGUGGAGGACAAAACAGUACAAAUUUGCCCCAUGGACAUUCAACCACUAGGGUAUAGCUCAGCCCUUCCCCAUCUACCCUCACAAGCCACUUGGAAGAAAGAAAAAAAGAAAAAAAAAAGAAAAAAAAAAGAAGAGGAAAAAGUUAUAUACCAUCAAUUGAACACCUUGUCUAAAUCUAAAGUAAAAAUACGUAAAAGAGAAGGACAGUCAUUAUUUUCUUACUGAUCCUUCCCACAGAAACUCACUGAUGUUAAAGAUCAACUACAAGCCCUGUGAAAUGUGAAAAGUGUACAUUGCUGUUACAAUACUGCUUUAAGAUCUCAGCCACUUUGAUUGAAAGUUAAGGCAGAAGAAGUAAUUUAGAAUGGUGUUUUUAGUGUAACAAGCAAAGCAGAGUCUUCUGGAACACAGAGCCAGUGACUGUACAGGUGUUUUGUUUU